AUGUUUCAGUUCUCAUCUCUCGUGUCUAAUCCCUUUGCAUCUCGGUCCACACCACCAGAAGCACCCCCAGAACCGUCCAACGUAUCCGAAGAAGCCGCGACCGGACCAAACCCGUUCCCCUUCCUCGGCUUGCCCUUGGAGCUCCGUGAACAAAUUUACUCCAUCUACUUUAACCCUUCUGAUCACCUGGUCAGGAGUACGGAACUAGAGGCCAAGGGCUUCUUUGGUGGCGUGUAUCAUUGGGACUUUGAUCUCUUGAGGGUGAACAGACAGGUGUACGAGGAAGCGAAGAAAGUGUGGAGGAGAGAAAAUGUCUUUGUCAAGGUUGCUACACCAUGGCCUAGUGCGGGUAUGUACCGGGUCUACCUGAUGGCGACCGAAGGGGUCCCAGAACUGCUCGAACUCACCGCGACGACACUAAGUGGUAUUCGCGGACGCCUCUUAGUGAACCACAUCUCAUCCGAGGGUCUUGUACCCAUCGUAUGUACCGACGCCCGCGCCGAUGCGUUCACGUCGUACCAUGCCGUUGUACAAAUAACCGCGCCGUUCCAUGGAGUUGUGCCGGAACACAUGGUUGUCAUGCUAGUGGAUGAUUUGCACUUGUUUACCAAAACGUGGUAUUACAGCGCGUUGUCGUAUCCUAUGCUCAACGAGCGACUGUCCACUACCUUUGUCCUGAGGAAUCCGUACGUAGAGCCUAAUGAUGAAGAGGAAGACGCGCAAGGGGAACAGGAAGGUCUAGGUAUUCCGGUUGCUUUACAACGGAAGUUGCUACUGCCUUUCGAGCACGUCAAAGGCCUCCAUAGUAUAAGCAUACACGGCUACUCGCCCACCGUCCGCGAAGAACUCGCUCGCCUUCAAGCCAAACCCAUACCAACGUUGCGCGAGUCCGUCGAGAGUGCCACAGAUUUCAUGCUUGCCGGAGACGCCGUGCUCGCCUCCUCAAACGCUGACACCAAUAACAACGACAACCCUGACGCCCAAGCCGCCAACGAAGAAGCUGCCCUACAAGCCCUCGAGCUCUAUAGAAAAGCUUUUCACGCAAUCCACAUCCUGAUCCACGGACGCACACGCCGCGUCCUUGCAGACGACUUCUUCCACGACAGCAUAACAUCCGGCCGUUACGCUGGCCAAACCGGAAUAACCGUGCGCGUUGUGCUGCGCCUCAAACUCGUCUCUCGAACCAUUGCAGCCUACAAUAAACUCGGCCAAUGGGGCGAGGCUGCGUUUUGGGGCUUCCGCACUGUGCAGAUUUUGCAAGAAUCAUUCAACACUGAUUUCGAACAUUUCCUGACCGACUUCAUCGAGGGUUCCGAUGCCGGGUGGGUUUAUGUGCGGACUGGAAUUGCGUUUUGGCAUAUGGAGAGAGACAAAGAGGCUUGGUUGGGAGAGCUGAUUAGUUAUGCUGAUGAGCCUGUGGCUGAGAGUGGGCGGCUCUGGGUGGCGGCGAGGAGGUUUGUCAAGAGUGCUGCAAGGGCAGACGUGAGAAAGGAAUUGCAGGGUUAUGGUGUACCGCAAGCGAUGAUCAAUCUGUUUGGGGAUGUGGCGACCAGGGACGAGGUUGUUGAGAGUACUGUGGCCGAUGAUGGAAGUAGCACUAGCGAGGACUGA